AUGCUCAACCAUGCUCCGAACAUCCUCCUCUUUCUGCCGUUCCUCAUCACCUGCGCCGUCGUCAUCGACAACGACUACAACGUCAGUUCGGACGACGAUCCGGUGACGGAAGCGGCGCCGCGCAAACGAAACUGCACGCGCCAGCCGGCCAUCAUUGACAAGUUGCUCAACGGGACCGGAUACAACAAGUUCCGGAUACCGAGUGAGAAUUUUGAAGUGUUAUCCGCCUGAAAAGUGUAUGAUUUUAGACGACGACGGAGUGCAUGUGCAAGUCGAGUUUUGGGUGCAGGCGAUCACGUCCAUCAACGAGAUUACCAAUGAUUUCGAGGUUAGGCGCAACGAGACAUACACUCUUCCUUCCACCGAAUCCCGAUUACAGAUGGACAUUUACAUUAACGAAAUGUGGUUGGAUCCGGCACUCAACUUCGAGCACCUUAAUCCGUGUAAACAGAAUUUGUCGGUCAGUCAUCAAGUGAGUAGCCACCCCCCGCCACUUUGGCCCGAUUGAAUUUGUACACGCGUCCACAUUUUACGACAGGUUCUCGAACGACUUUGGACGCCGAACAGUUGUUUCAUCAACAGCAAGUUUGCCGAGAUUCACGACUCGCCGUUCAAGUAGGAAACCUGUCAACUUUUGUAAAUUUAUUGUUUCGCUCAUUUCCAGAAAUGUCUUCCUGAUGCUCUACCCGAAUGGAACAGUUUGGGUGAACUAUGUGAGCGAGAAGGCGCUAGCCCAUUGAGCGUUGACUCCUUUUCAGCGCGUCAACGUCAAAGGACCGUGUGAUUUGUCGCUGGAGCUGUUCCCGCUCGACAUUCAGGAGUGCCAUCUCAUCUACGAGAGCUUCAACUACAACAAUCAGGAAGUGCGCAUGAGAUGGAACGAGCAGGGCGCCGAGCCCGUCUCCGUCACCAAUAUUAUUCGGCUUCCGGACUUUGAGCUCAUCAAGAUUGAGCCGACGCGCGUUUCGGCUCCGUAUCCGGCCGGAAUGUGGGACGAGCUGCAUGUGAAGUUGGUGUUCGAGCGUCGCUACAUUUGGUACUUUAUGCAAGCGUACCUUCCCACCUACCUCACCAUUUUCAUCAGGUUUGUCAAGAAAUCUCUGAUUCUUAACUCUUUCUCUUUCAGCUGGAUCUCAUUCUCGCUGGGCACGAAAGCGAUGCCAGCUCGCACGAUGCUCGGCGUGAAUGCCCUGCUCGCAAUGAUCUUCCAAUUCGGCAACAUCAUGCGCAACCUGCCACGUGUCUCCUACGUCAAAGCGAUCGACGUGUGGAUGUUGGUCUCGAUGACCUUCAUCUUCUUAUCGCUUCUAGAACUGGCGAUUGUCGGCUACAAGACGAAGAACGAGGAGGGCGCGAAGAAGAAGUGUCCGCACAAGAAGCUCAUCGACAACUUUGAAGCGUCGCCGGCAGGACUGUGUCGGUACGAGAAGCGCUUCAUGCUGCCGGUCGAGCGGAGAUCCGCCGGAUGGGCGGGUAUUCUCCGACUGCGAGCGCUCCAGGACUGCUGGAAUUGGAGCCCCGAGAAGAUCGACCGACUGUCGGCGAUCAUGUUCCCCGCCUGCUUUGCCAUUUUCAAUGUACACAUGCGGCCGCGCUCUCAAUUCAAAACACAAUUAAUGUGCGAUUUCAGAUCGUCUACUGGUCAUACUAUUACAACAAAAAGUUGGAGAAAGCGGCGGCGAUGAAGCUGAACGAGGAUCGUCUUUGA